AUGACACGUAUCGUGGAAGAUUCCCGGAAAUAUUACACACUGAAGAGUUUUGGCCCAAAUGACCAACGCACGAGGGAGCUCUGGGUGGACAUGGGUGACCUCAGACAUGGUCAAGUCAGAGUGCAUGGCAUUCUCUCAAAUGCACACAAACAAGCAGCGAGAGUGGUCCUGUCGUUUGACUUUCCCUUUUAUGGCCAUUUCCUGAGGCAGAUCACCAUAGCAACAGGAGGUUUUAUCUUCUUGGGAGAUAUUACACACCGCAUGCUGACCACCACUCAGUACAUCGCUCCUCUGAUGGCCAAUUUUGAUCCAAGCUUCUCCAAAGACUCCACAGUUCAAUAUCUAGACAAUGGUGAGGUGUUUGUGGUCCAGUGGGGAAAAGUAAGACUUCAGGGCAGAGAGAAAGAUGGUGCAUUCACUUUCCAAGCCGCCCUCCACAAAUCAGGAACAAUAUCAUUCAGCUACAAAGAAAUUCCCCUUUCAUUAGAUAAGAUAGGCUCUGCAGACCAUCCAGUCAAGGCUGGCCUGUCCGAUGCAUUCAUGAUCACCUCAUCCACGGCUCCAGCCCCAGAUGGAAAACAGACCAUUUAUGAGUAUCAUAGAGUUACAAUUGACCCAUCCAAAAUUAAAAACAACUCUGCAAUUGAAUUUACUGAACUGCCAACCUGUUUGCAGCACAACAGCUGUGAUCUCUGCCACUCUGCAAAUGAGGCUUUGGGUUGUAGCUGGUGCCAUGUUCUCCAGAGGUGCUCUGAUGGCAUGGACAGACACAGGCAGGAAUGGUUGGACUUUGCUUGUUUUGAAGAGAGUGAUGAUGUAACCUGUGAAGAUUAUUUCAGCAACGAAACAUCUAUUGAUCCUUCAGUUACAGCUGAGAGCGAAGGAAAGAACCGGGUGACAACUCUGCAAACUGGCUGCAAGAGAAACGGAUUUUCAGAUGGGACAAAAAAGACAAUGAUCACUGGAAAUGAUAUUAAAACAGACUCUUCAUCAAAAAAGAAAAAUCAGCCCAACUUGGCCAUGAUCGCCGGCAUCAUUGUGGCGUUGGUGUUGAUUUUGUCUUUGGUAGUCGUAGCUGUUUUUAUAAAUUGCUAUCCAGCAGUCGCCUCACCACUUCACCACAUCCAACGGAGGGGCAGUUACUGGCCAGCCUUGAAGUUUCAGAACCAAAAACCUGGAUAUUCAGAGAUGGAGGACUGUAUAGUAGAAACUGGACCUCGAUGA